GGAGGAACAGAGGUUCGAGUUUCCACCCAUGAAGUGCGUUACUAAGAGGCAAUCCGGUAUGACAAAGCUAAAAAAUAUAAGUCCGUUACAGGUCAUAAUUACAGCCCAUAGGGGACUGGGAAAGGGCAUACCACUCAAGACUAUUUAGAUCUAAAUAUUUAUCACACAUAGCCUGAUCAACAACCUCCUUCAAUAUCUACCCUUUUCUGUAAAACCCUUCAAUUACUUUUUUGGUAUAAAAAUUCUCCUCCCUAAUACUAUAGUCAAACAAUAAAUCAGCAUCCAACCAUCCCAGGCUAUAAUUUACAUGACUAAUUUACAAGUGCCUAAAAUAGUGAAUGAUAAAAUGCAUCAUUAAUUUGAGAAUUCAUAUCAUAUAGUUCAUACUUUCUUAGCAUUAUGCCCCGUACCCUUUAUCAAGUUGGGGGCGCCGCUCACCUUUCUACACCAUUUGAACCAAGAAACUAUAGCUUACGAAUUAAUAGAGAAAAACCGGUUUCUAUCACGGCAACGAAGGACCUUUUCAACUUUACUAUUUUUAAGUGUGCAAAGCUGUAAUUCAUACAAUUAUAGCUCUUAUUCAGGAAAUUAAAGAUUGAAAUAGCCAAUGUCUAAUAAUAGACGAGGAAAUGCAAGCUAUAAAGGGAUCAGAAACUUGAAUCUUUGAAACAUCCCAUCCCAAUCCCAGAAAUUAGGAAGACAGAAAGAGCUUCCUGAUAUUGGGAUUGAAAUGGAAGGGUUUCAAUCUCUUUCAAUAGCAUUUUUGGUGUGUGUGAUUGUGUCUAAUCACAUGGUAGUUGAUGCCAUGACGUCAAAAAACAUGGCCCUAUUCUGGGGAAAUAGUCAGUCCAAAAUAGAAGGGGAUGACCUUCAGCUUGUUCUGGACCAAAGCUCAGGCUCGGGAGCAAAGUCAAAGAGAUAUUUCCUUUUUGGAAGCUUUGAAGCUCAGAUCAAGUUCGUUCCAGGAGAUUCUGCAGGAUUAGUAACGGCAUUUUAUCUAUCUUCUGAAGGUAGCCAUCAUGAUGAGGUAGACUUUGAGUUCUUGGGGAAUGCCACUGGAGAGCCUUAUACCAUUCAUACAAACAUAUUCGUUCAGGGUGUGGGAGACAGAGAACAGCAGUUUCGACCGUGGUUCGACCCCACUGCUGAUUUCCACAACUACACAAUUCACUGGAAUCCUAAUGCUGUUGUGUAAGUGAAAAUUUGAUCAACUUAAAAGCAUAUGGUGAAAAUUGAUCCCAAUAAGAACAUGAUGUGAUCUGGAUGAUUUCAGGUGGUAUAUUGAUAGUAUUCCAAUUAGAGUUUUCCGGAACUACGAGAACGCCCCGAAGCUAAAAACAGCUUUCCCUAACAAGCA